AUGCCUAAGUGUAAGGUCUGUGGUGGUGUUAACUUCAUCAAAGAUAUUGCAAAUGCCAACAACGAUACCGUCUGCCAAGACUGUGGUACAGUUUCCGAGGACAAUCCUAUAGUAUCGGAGGUCACGUUUGGGGAGUCAAGUUCCGGAGCAGCAGUCGUCCACGGGAGCUACGUGGGUGCUGGACAAUCUCAUGCAGCUUUUGGGCCCGGGAGAGGCUCUUCAGCUCUUGAAUCUCGCGAAGCAACCAUCAAUAACGCCAGGAGGAAGCUAAGGGCUGUGUCUCAUGCUCUUGGAAUCCAGGACUAUGUGACUGAAGCAGCUACGCAAUGGUAUACUUUGGCGCUAGCUAACAACUUUGUUCAAGGUCGUCGAUCCCAGAAUGUGAUAGCGGCGUGUUUGUACAUUGCUUGCAGGAAAGAAAAGACGCACCAUAUGCUGAUAGAUUUUUCAUCGCGGUUGCAAGUUUCCGUUUACUCGAUUGGCGCGACUUUCUUAAAAAUGGUCAAGAUUCUUCAUAUUACAAACCUACCGUUGACAGAUCCAUCGCUGUUUAUUCAGCAUUUCGCCGAGAAGUUAGAUCUGGGUGAUAAGAAAAUAAAAGUCGUAAAGGACGCGGUAAAGCUCGCUCAACGGAUGGCCCGAGACUGGAUGUAUGAGGGUCGUCGUCCCGCUGGUAUUGCAGGUGCUUGCUUACUUUUGGCGUGCAGAAUGAACAACCUGCGCAGGACCCACUCAGAAGUCGUGGCUGUCUCACAUGUUGCCGAGGAGACUUUACAACAGCGAUUAAAUGAAUUUAAAAAUACCAAGUCUGGGAAGUUAUCCAUCAACGAAUUUAGAGACGAUGAAGAUGCUGCACAAGGUACAGAAUCGCAACCUCCUUCGUUUCAACGGAACAGAGUAAAGGAAAAGAAGCUGCGCCAGAGGAUAAUUGAAAAUGAGUUUGAGACCAGUGACGAAGCCCUCACAAGAAACCCGAUUCUGUCUCAAGUACUGGGUGCCCAGGAACUGUCGUCGAGGGAAGUACUAUAUUAUCUAAAACAGUUUUCUCAAAGAAGAGAGAAGAGCGCUCAAAGAUUAAAGGCCACUAACGGUAUUGAUGGUACAGAUCUUUAUGGGCAAGACCAAAACGCAAAAUCGACUUCCGAGAAUUCAGAUGCGGGAGAAGAUGAAAACGAUGACCUCAAAGGAAACCAAGGACCCCAAAAUGCUUCUGACCGACCUUCCAACGAUGUUUCGCGGUUUCAGGAUGCAAUUGACGGUUACUCUAUCGAAUCAGAUCCGCAUCGUCCACGAAACCUGCAUUUGUUGCCAACAACGUCUUCUCUAUUGUCAAAAAUCGCAGACGAUCCAGAAGACCUCCAGGAUGUAGACGAUGAGGAGCUGGACUCCCAGUUGUUGGAUGAAGAGGCCUCGAAGCUCAAGGAACGCAUUUGGAUUGGUAUUAAUGGUGACUUUUUGCUAGAACAAGAAUCCAACCGGCUUAAGCAGGAGGCUGAUCUAGCCUCCGGAAACGCCUCCGCCAAGAAGCGCGGCGGCCCUCGGCGCAAGAAGAAGCCUGCGUCGGAUGCAGACGGAAUUUUGGCUGAUCUUAAAGAUGAUUCUGGUUUACAGGCUGCUUUGAGACUGGCUGAAGACAGCGGAGAUCUGACAACGGCAGACAAUGUCAAGAAUAUGAUCCAGAAGUCCAGCUUUUCUAAAAAGAUCAAUUACAAUGCCAUCGAUGGACUUUUCGGUGGCUAA